UCAGGAAACAUCUCUUGUAUGAAAGAAAUCCGAACUAAGUAUGCUUCUGUGAUCCUCUAUAUUUUUGGAACUGCUGCAGUGAUGCUUACUUUCUGUGGAAAUCUUGUGGUGAUUAUUUCUAUUUCUCACUUUAAGCAGCUCCACACACCGACCAACAUACUUGUUCUUUCACUGGCUGUAGCAGACUUCUUAGUGGGAAUUAUCAUAAUGCCUUUUAUGCUUAUUCAGUCAAUAGAAACAUGCUGGUAUUUUGGGGAGACGGUUUGUUACAUUUAUACAUGCUUUCUUACAACAUUAACUACAGUUUCUGUGUUUAAUUUAGUAUUAAUAGCUAUAGAUCGAUACUUUGCUGUGUGUGAUCCCUUACUUUAUUCUACUAGAAUCACUGUGCAUAUUACUUGCAUAGCUAUUUUAAUUAUCUGGUUAUUAACGUUUUUUUAUGCAUGUGCAGAAGUAUUUAGUGGUGGAAGUAUUGAAGGCAAUUUGGAAUUAGAUCCAUGUCCUGGGGACUGCCUUCUUAUGCUUAAUUCAACUUGGUCCAUAGUGGAUCCUAUAUGUGGAUUUUCCGUGCCAGUAUCUAUAAUGACAGUUCUCUACACCAAAAUAUUUAUUGUUGCAAAACGACAUGCUAAUGCCAUCUCAACACAGCAAAAGUCACUAGAGAUUAGCAAGAAAGGGAAUAAAAGUAAAAAGUCAGAACAAAAAGCUGCAAAAACUCUAGGAAUAGUUAUGGCAGUAUUUUUGUUUUGUUUGUCUCCUGUUUAUAUUUUUAUGAUUGUUACAUUGUUUACAAAUGUCUCUGUUCCUUCUGCACUAUCAUGUGCUUUAUUAUGGCUGGUUUAUUUAAAUUCAUGUAUGAAUCCAAUUAUGUAUGCAUUGUUUUAUCCUUGGUUUCAGAAAUCCUUCAAGCUUAUGAUAACUUUACAAAUAUGGCAAAAUGGAUCUUCUUCUAUUAAUUUGUUUCCUCAACAUUAG